CUGUUGAGGAAAUGCAUUGCAGGAAAACUCUGCGUAUUGGUUCCUAAUCUGUUUACUAUACCUCUCAGUUUCUUUCACACCUUUGAAGGCGAUGAUGAUGCUGUAGGCAGCGUUAUAAAUAUGAUGGUCAGUUGACAUUUGGAGCAUACAAUCAUCAAGACGACCACGGCUGAACUUCUGCUCCUGAAUUUUUCUUUUGCCGCUCUUCAGUGUAACAUCAUCCCAAUGAAGACCUUGGCACUGUGGACAUUUGGGCUUCUUUUUCUCAGCCUCUCUGAAACACAUGGACUCAGCAGCUUCCCAGAAAAUUAUGUGGUCGCCAAAAGAAACAAUGAAGUUCCAGUCACACUGACCUGUGUUGUGGGGACCAAUGAAAAUGUCACGUGGAAGUAUGAUGGGGAUCUGAUUGAUUUCGAUUCAGAAGAACAUUUCCAGCAGGAUGGUCCAAAUCUGUUGGUGUCAGAAGUAGAUAUUCCUACAUUGGGGGAAUACAGCUGCUGGAGAGGAGAGAAGCUAUUGUCAUCAACUUAUCUGCUGCUGGAGGCCAAGGAAGGAGUGGAGUUGGACUCUUUUCUCACUUGUCGGGCAAAGUCUUAUGACUGUGUCUUCAGCUGUGACUGGACCAACAGGGACUUCAAAUUAGUGCGCCUUGGGCUGGGCCAAGACUGCAGUGAAGGUGGGAAGUCGUGUCACUGGGUCAACAGCAGUGAUCAUGGGGCAUUACAGUUUGAGGUUUCUCACUUCCUCUCACCAUAUGGUGAGGAGAGCACCAUGCUUGAACUCACAGCCGAGGCCUUCAUUAACCUCUCCGUCUUCAGGCGAACCAAGAAGUUUUAUCUCAGAGACAUUGUUGAACCAGAUAGUCCCCAGAUUGGCAGAUGUCGUGAGGUGGAGCAGAACCUGAUGGUGACCAUUGAGCCUCCAUCCAGCUGGUCAGCUCCUCACAGCUACUUCAGCCUUGAGCACGAGAUUCAAUAUGAACUUCAAGACAACGGCCAGAAUGAAAGCUCUUUUUCUGGUCUGAUACCGAAGAGGAUCAGGCGUCUGAGGGCUCGCUCCAGAGACCCGCUUGUGCGCUCCGCCUGGAGCCAGUGGACUCCCUGGAAAAAUGUAACCACAGGCAAACAGAAGAAAGACAAAUGUAGGAACACAGGGAAAUCCUUCUGUCCAGAGUUGCUCCAUUGCAGGAAGAGAAAGAGGAAUAAAGGAAAGAACGUUAUUAACUAAAUCAAAAUAUCUCAAAAAGGAGAUGUUCAAUAGAAACCUACAUUUUAAAUGUAGUUGUUCUACUGUGAAAAGCACUGGUAGGAAAUUAUAAUGGGCAUGUAUGAAGGGAUUAAACUGUGCUUUGAAUGUAUUUGUGAAUUGCUUGGAUGAUACUAGAACAUUAAAUUGUAUUUUGAAAGCUGUGAA